AAACAAAUACCCAUACUCAUAUUCGCAAAAUGGUUCACAUGCACGACGGGUCCCAAGGAUAAAGGACCAAGUGAGUCGUAGUACUCAGUCCGAGAAGACCUGGCGACGGCACAGCAGCAAAACCCUUGCUGUAGAAUUUCCCUUCCCGACUAAGGUAAAGCCUAGACACCACAGACUCUCUGCUUCGAGAUGAACACCCAUCUGCUACUUUCCCUCGUGGCACUGCUGGCACAUGGGGCAUGGUGCCAGCGUACCUUGGGAUCCAAUAUCGAUGAGCUGCUUAGCCUCGUCUCCGAGAAGCAGAUCACAGACAUCUUAACAGGAGAGAGGUUGGACCUGGAAAAUUGCUUCAGGGUCACGAAGGAUGUGAAAACCUGCACAGCUGCCACAAGGACCCUCAUAGCGUUGGCCCAGCAGCUGUCGCACACGGGGUACAAGUGCGACGCAUGCGAACCCAGCCAACAGGCCCUCAUCGACAACUUCCUCAGCACCGUCCGCGGAACACCGAACUGCCAGUACUUGGUGUCGGUUCUGCCCAUUCCAGAUUUCUGCUAGUCUGGAAUCGGCUGGAUUUCCCCUCUACUACUGUUUUGUACUAAUGCUUCGCUUAUAGUCGAGACUUCAUGUUUUGAUGGUUCAUUAUAAUGUUUCGAGGCGUCGUUUCGUACUUCCACGACAUUACGGUGUUUCGAAACAUUUUAACUGUUGUUUUGGGCUUCAGCGCAGUGUUUCAAAGCUUUAUUACGAUGUUUUAGUCAUGUGUAAUGAUUCUCGCUUCGACUUCACAUUACUCAACAGCUAUCCUAAAAGUCUGAAUGAUAUAUGAGUCACGUAAAGGAAAGUGAUAAUGCCUCAGGCAAAACUACGACUCAUGUCAGGACUUCAAUACUCCUUUUCAGUUUAAUCUCUUUCUCUUUCUGUCUAUUUGUCUGCCUGUCCAUCUGUUUAUUUCCUUGUCAGUCUGCCUGUCUGUCUCUGUCUCUGUGUCUCCCCCCCUCCUCUCUCUCCCUUCCCUCUCUCUCUUUCU